AUGGCAGAGGCCACCCUACACAACGCCCCCAUCGUCAUCGACAAUGGCAGUGGGACCAUCCGCGCCGGCUUUGCCGGUGAGGAGAUCCCAUCCUGCUACUUCCCCUCGUUUGUGGGCCGACCCAAACAUCCCCGAGUGAUGGCCGGCGGUCUCGAGGGCGACGUCUUCAUCGGACAACGAGCUCAGGAAUUGCGCGGCCUGCUCAAGAUUCGCUACCCCUUGGAACAUGGCAUUGUAACGGACUGGGACGAUAUGGAGAAGAUCUGGCACUACGUGUACGAAAACGAGCUCAAGACCCUGCCGGAGGAACACCCCGUCCUCCUCACCGAACCGCCGCUCAAUCCGCGCAAGAACCGCGACGCGGCCGCCCAGAUCAUGUUCGAGACCUUUAACGUGCCCGCGCUGUACACUUCCAUCCAGGCCGUGCUGUCCCUGUACGCGUCGGGUCGGACAACGGGUGUGGUUCUCGAUUCAGGGGAUGGAGUCUCCCAUGCGGUGCCGGUGUUUGAGGGGUUUGCGAUUCCGAAUAGUAUACGGCGGAUUGAUGUGGCAGGGCGAGAUGUGACGGAGCAGCUACAACUGUUGUUGCGGAAGAAUGGCCAUGUGCUUCAUACCAGUGCGGAGAAGGAGGUCGUCCGCAUGAUCAAGGAGAAGGUGUGCUACGUUUCGUUGGAUCCGAAGCGGGAAGAGAAGGACUGGAUGAACAGCUAUCACAAGUCCGAGACGAAGUCGGUGGACUACGCAUUGCCCGAUGGACACAAGAUCAAGAUCGGACAAGAACGCUACCGUGCCCCGGAGAUUCUCUUCGACCCGGAACUCAUUGGCCUGGAGUACCCCGGUGUGCAUCAGAUUGUGCAGGACGCCAUUACCCGGACGGAUCUCGAUCUCCGGAAGUCUCUCUACCUCAACAUCGUCCUGUCCGGUGGGUCAACGCUGUGCAAGAACUUCCCGGACCGACUGAUGCGCGAGAUCAAGCGCCUGGCCGUGGAGGACAUGAAGAUCCGGAUUUCUGCUCCUGCGGAACGGAAGUACACGACCUGGAUCGGAGGAGGUAUCCUGGCUGGAUUGAGCACGUUCCGUAAGAUGUGGGUAAGCGCAGAUGAGUGGCAUGAAGACCCCGAGAUCAUCCACCGGAAAUUCGCCUAG